GUAAAGUUGAAGCGAAUCGUUAUCUACGCAGCACUAAGUGAGCCAUUUACUUCUGUUGAUAUUGCAGGCUAUUGGAACCAACAAGAACAACUAUAAAGAGCAUGGGUGCCGGCAUCGUGCCCGCUUGUGUUAGUAGUGACGAAAACAGCGCGAAAAAGCCCGCCAAGAAUCGGAUCAUUGCACAGUGCACUGUGGACGACAUGCCAUUGACUGACCCAGAUUGCGGAAUCUCACUUCCACGGAUUCCAACAACAGCCGGCAACGGCACGACCGACGGCAAACCAUCCAAGCCACAACCUUUCAACGCUCGGCGACCACGGAGCAGGUCUUCGGACUGUCGAGUCACAGACAUCGGUUUUAUGUCGUCGCAAUACAAGCUGAAGGAAAAUGAACAAUGCCACAUUUUUUCUCCCAAGGUAGCGGGGCCUUCAUGGAGCACUACAGCCGAAGCCAGCAAUUCCUUAGAACGCGAUGUGGAGAAUUUGGUGUACGACAUAGACGCACAGCAAGGUGCGGAGAAGAUCGUCACACUAGCUUGCGUUGACUCAUCUGCAAAGGAAACGCCCGUGUCGACGGUCAGUGACAACAGCCUUCUUGAAACGACAGUCUCCGGUGACCUUACAAGAGGAUACAGCAACUCUCAACAACUUAAGAAAGAACUGCUCGUUUUCCAUGCCAUCAUUCUGGUGGCUGUCACCGGAGCUGCCGCACUGGCGAUUGCCUUCUACCCAGGAGCAGUAAAAUCAAGCUCUGGAUUUCCCUUGCUCAUCGAGCAUGGGUUUCCUGUCUCUGUGCCGCCGGCGUCCACGGUAACGUCGCCAAAGCAUCCUAUGGACGCUCCAGAACAGGUAGUACGAGAGCCACUGUAUGACGUAUGUUCUACAGAGACAUGUCAAAAAGACGGCGCUUACAUAGGCGCUCUGAUCUCCAAAGACAUGGACCCGUGCGACGACUUCUACAAGUUUGUCUGCAGUCGCUGGAAAGGCAUUAAUGGCUCCACUAGCCCUGAUGACGAGCUGGUCGUGAAGCUCGAAAGUGACAUCUACCACGUCCUUGCGUCACCGCUGCCUCCCAGCGUUCAAGAUUCUGACGUCCUUUCGCCGCUGAAGCGAGUAAUGACCGCUUGUAUGGAUGGCGCGAACGGGACAAAUGUUGACCCUGUUCUUGAUUUACUAGCGGCCGCUGACCUCGAAGGCUUUCCUUUUACUCCACCUGUGCGUAGCAGCAUUUCGCCAUGGAAGACCGCCGCCAAGGUCUUUCUUCUGACGGGCACAUCUGCACUACUUCGACUUGGAGUCGCCUUGCAUCCUUUUGAGCCUGAUAGAGACAUAAUAACUGUGGAAGUUCCCGAACCGUUGAUCGUGGGCCCUGAAAAAACAGCAACCGCCUAUAGAAGAAUUAUGCAAGCAUCCAUGAACGCUCUCGGCAAGCGCUUUGUGCCCUCAUCCUACGCUAUGGAAGUGGUCGCGUUUACACAACAGCUUGAUGCAGCAAUCGCUUCUGGGGAGUCGCAGCGCAGAGAUGAACGUUUGCAUCGGGUCGUAAAACUUAAGGACGAGAUCGAACUCCAGACGUACCUGCUUGAAGUUUUAGGUGACUUGCAGCUCCCUCCUGAUGAAGGAGAUCGCGAUGUCAUGCUCCUUUCUCCAAAUUUUUCAAGAGCACUGGUUGAUCUGUUACGCAAGACAGACGUUCACGUCGUCCUCAAUUUUCUUUGCGUGCACGUGCUCGUGAGGUCUUCUGUUUUCGUCUCCAUGUCUGACCCCGAUUUGGAAUGGGCUGUGUCUGCUCAGCUUUUCAACCGGCCAGUCCGCCACGUGCAGCGAUGGAGGCUUUGCGUCCGGGCAGCCGCACAAGCACUACCAGACUUGUUCCUGUAUGCUAGUCAUCAGGUAGUGAGAACAGAAGACACCACGAUCCGGGGCGUCCUCGACAACGUGCUUAAGCAAGUAAUUACGCACGUGGAAUCUCUCAUCUUCUUGGACGGCCAAACUCGCGUGUUGGCGAAGAGAAUUCUGUCUGACGUUCGUUUCCUUGUAGGCCUACCUCAUUGGCUUAGCGACAUGUCAAAAGUGUCCGCUUACGUGGCAAAGCUCCCCUUGUUUACUAACCGGGGUAGUUUCUUAAAGUGGCUCUCUGAAGUAAACGAAAUGGUACAAACCUCGACACUUCGUCGUAGCUCAAAAGAAUUUUGGCGAGCUUCGCCCUUUGAGACUGAUUGUUGGUACGAUCUCCAGCUAAAGACUGUGUACAUUCCUGUCUUACUAGCCAACUGGAGUCUUUAUGGAGUUGACGAAGUAGGCUACUUACAAUUACCGCGCCAAGGUCACCGUACGGCUCGAUGCCUACUGAGAAUGCUUUUCGAAGGUGUCUCGUCAUUCUUUAACCGCGAAAUAUUGACCCGCAGCUUCUGGUCCUCUUCAGCAAAAACGUCUCUCCGUCGCGCACAGCUAUGCCUGCAAGAGCAAGCCCAUGUUCCAGCAUCAAUGUCUCUGUCGCUUCUGGAGGACCACACGGCGCUGAAAAUCAUCCAAGAACUCUACCAAGGCAACCUUCACCUCGCUAGCGCAGCCUCGGCAUCCGGGGGGGUUCGUGAUGUUCGUUUGCCAGGUGCUGAGGACUUUACGGCGGACCACCUGUUUUUUAUUUACUACGCUGUCUGCUUCUGUACCAGCGGCCUUCGCGAGGAAGUGCUCGAAGACGAGGCACGCCUUGUGAACAUCCCUCUUCGAGGCUCACUUAUGUUUCACGAGGUCUAUGGCUGCCGACCCACGUCGAAGAUGGGUCCGUUGGAUAAGUGUACGGCUUGGGUUGCGGCCGCUAAGCAAAGUGCUCCCAUGAGAUCCUGAGUAUGCGACUUCAAUUUGUCGUUGAUGUACGUUAUCUUUCAAGCAGAAAGUUUGCGGCUUCUUACACGAAGGCUACAUACGUUAGUGCAGCCAGAGCUAGUCGAUUGCUUCGUGCUGUGGAAAACACUAUGAUAGAAGCGCACGUGUGUUGUUGUGUGUGGUGCAGCGCUUCACCACAUGGCGCAAACAUGUUAAAACGAGUCGGGCAAU